AACUUGUUUAAACAGCACAUAGGAACCCAACAAAACAGAAAAUGUACGCCAAACUUCAACGUCUAUACUUUUUCUUCGGAACAUUAAUAGAUUACUUCAAGAGAACAUGUUAUUGUUACUUUCAUCUGAAGGGAUACGUAUAUGCAGUGAAGAAAACUAUUGUCCACCGAACUGGAAAGGGUUUAAUGGUGACUGCUACAAUUUUCUCAGUGACCUUCACAUGAAUUGGCAGCAUGCCCGGGACUACUGCAGACACAGAGGAUCAAAGUUAGUGGAAAUUGAAUCCGCAUUGGAAGACAAGUUUAUUAUACAAAACGUUGUAGCCUUCAAUUUUACAAAUAAUUGUUUCUGGCUGGGAGGUUCUAAUGACGAGGGCAGGAGAAAUUGGUCGUGGGUGACUUCGCAAAAGCCAUUUGAGUACACCAACUGGGGACCAGGAGAGCCGAAUCACUACCUUCCGAACGAAAACUGUCUCAAUCUGUUAAAUGAUCCCCUGUAUCACUAUGUUUACUACUGGAACGAUCAGUAUUGUACCAGAAGCUGUCAUCUCAUCUGUGAACAACCAGGUAACAUUGAAGGAUCAUUAGUCGGUUGAAGGAAGGCUGUUUCUUUAAUUUUUUUUUCAUUCUAAAUACACUG